CCGGAAGCUUCGUCGUUACUGGUCACUGUCAGCCUGUUGUUUGAGCGAUGUGCUCAAUCUGCCGAUGCUCCACCGUGUUGGCUGCGGGUUUAAUAUAAAUGGAAAUAGAAAUAUACCGAUAAGGAGUUCCUCGCGUAUGCGGUAAAGUCGACAAAGGUCUCAGCCAACACUCCCGUCUCUGCACAUGUGCUUCUUCCUUAAUGGUGCUCAGCACACCACAGCAUGUUGUUGUAAAGCUCAGUAAUAUCAGGGCACGAUGCAGUCUUCAAACCACCGACUACGAGACAUGGAGCAGCACCACCCGCUGCUGGCCGCCGGCGUAGACGUAGAGGCGGGCAGCCUGGCAGCCGGGGUGAUGGUCGGAGGUCCAAACGCAGGGCACUCGGCAGGGAACCGCACGGUCUGGUUCAUUCAGGACAGCUGCGGCAUGGUGUGCGCCACCAUGACCUGGUUUCUGGUCCUGUAUGCAGAGUUUGUGGUGAACUUUGUCAUGCUUCUGCCUGCCAAGAACUUCUGGUACUCUCUGCUGAAUGGGGCCACCUUCAACUCGCUGGCUGUGCUCGCGUUGGCGUCACACCUGCGCACCAUGUUGACUGACCCAGGUGCAGUUCCUAAGGGUAAUGCAACCAAGGAGUACAUGGAGAGCCUGCAGCUGAAGCCUGGAGAAGUCAUCUACAAGUGUCCAAAGUGUUGCAGCAUCAAACCUGAAAGAGCACACCACUGCAGCAUUUGUAAACGAUGCAUCCGGAAGAUGGAUCAUCACUGUCCCUGGGUCAAUAACUGCGUGGGAGAAAAGAAUCAGAGAUUCUUCGUUCUUUUUACUAUGUACAUAGCCUUGAUUUCCGCCCAUGCCCUGGGCCUCAGUGGGAUGCAUUUCUUCACAUGUAUUAAAGUGCAGUGGAACGAGUGCAGUAAUUUCUCACCAGGGGUGUCGGUCUUGUUGCUGAUCUUCCUCUGUCUUGAAGCCAUCCUCUUCCUCACUUUUACAGCUGUGAUGUUUGGCACACAGAUUCACUCCAUCUGCAAUGAUGAGACGGAGAUUGAACGUCUUAAAAACGAGAAGCCAACAUGGGAGCGUCAUAUGAGAUGGGACGGAAUGAAAUCUGUUUUUGGGGGUCCGCCGUCCCUGCUGUGGUGCAACCCAUUCACAGGCCUGCGUCUACGCCGUCUGUUGGUGGUGACCCAGGGUCGCCGUGGUGGCUCCGAGUUCUCUGUCUGACAACCUGGGCAGUGAUGGAGCUCACACAUUAGCUGUCUAUAGCCGGAUUUUUUGUUAGCCCACCUUGUAGGUGCUGAGAUGGACCUUUUCAUCCAGAGGAUGCGCCUACGGAGGGGGUGACACAGGCUGCUACAGGAGGACCCUGGAGCAUCACAACUCUUGACUCCCACGGGCUGUUUAACACCCAACACUAUUUGUGUUGUUCUGCACUUGUGCUCCCAAUGGAUUCUAGAAAAGCACGAACAGAACACGAGGUUUUUAUUCCUCACAAUGAAAAAUAAUGUUUGAGAUGCGAAAAUGUGACUUAGAUCAAGCAUCUUCGUCAUAAGGGAUGUGACAGAGUAUGUUUUAUUGUUUCUGGAAGAAGGCGAAAGGAUCUCAAGGGGAGCAAAGCUCAGUACUCAUCUGGAGCCAGGCAUGGGACUCAUAGUCCAGAAAAUGCACUACAUUGUUUAAAACAGCCUGGUGUGUAGAGCACAACGAACAGCAGUGAUUGAACUGUGUGCUCCAACAUGCAUGUACAACAAACCAAUCAGUCAGCCUGGAAAUGGCUGCCUUUUACAGAAACAGGCCAUGGUGAACUCAAGCCUUAUUUUUAGUCAAGAGGACCAAAUGGCUUUUCUCCUCAAGUCGUCCUCUUCAUCUUGUAGUUUUUCUCUGAGCGGAAUUUUUUUUUUUUUGAGUGUUUGCUUACAGGAGCCUGUAGAAAUAUCCCAUUUUUGAGUGACUGCUGACGCCUUAUCACCAUGGCCACUCCUCUCCAGCUAACCGUGACUAUUCACAGGAGAUGACUCCUGCUGGUCUCACGUUUGGAUUAGAAAGUCAUUUUCCAUGUCUAUAGAUUUGCCAUUCAUCCCUGCCUACAUGCUGCUUAACGUCUCUUGAGCGUUUCUGAAACAAAUGGUCAGAUCACUGAUAUCCCUCCCUGUAUUUUCAUUACAAAACAAUUCAGGCCCUGGGUUGAACGUUACCAAGUCUGAAUUGUUUUCCUUUUUGUGAAUUUUUUUCUUUGUGCUGUGAACUGACAGAGAAUAUUCUGUCUGUUAGGAUUAUACAAGAACGAUAAUGAGAUUACAUUGCAUUCAUGCACUGAAAACAACCACUCAAGCUGUUCAAGACGGAGCCAAGUCUGAGACAUGGCUGCUUUGCAUGCUGCUUGGCAACUGCGUGGUGCUUUUUUAGUUAAACAGUUCUUCUGAAAAACUAGCACAACAUUAUUGGGUGACAAAACCAAGCUUUUUUUAAAAUUUCAUUACACAAUCUUUCAUGGUGAACCAUCACUUGAGGAGCUCAACAGAUUCUUUCAAUGCCUUUUUUUUUCCACUUCAAAUUUUAACCCCUGCAAUAUCUGUCAGCAGAGCAGGAGUGUAUCAGAGCACUAAAGCUGUUAAAAUGAUCUAUCAUGUUUAUGAAGAUGCCCACCUUCACAUUACCCUAUUGCAGGAGUGAACAGCCUCUAUGCACUUGAGGCUAAUGCUUCCUGAAUUUAUAGUUAAAUAUUGUCUAAAAAGCUGGUGGUGCUCAAGUAUUGUCAAAUUAAAUCUUUUAAGUCUCAUACCUUUAGUUGUUAUUAUAUACUGCUGUCUGUUCUCAUCUGUGGUGGUCAGUAAAGAAAAAUCUCACCUGUUUACAUAUAUUAAAACCUCCGAGGACAUAAUGAUUUUAUUUUUUUAAUGUUUUGUUUUUAGAAAAACGCUGUCAUAAGAAUGUAAAAGCUACCUACGUUAGGAGCAGGGGACAGAACACUGAGCACACAGUGACUUCAGGGGACUUUCCUUAUGCUGGCCUCUCUUUUCUCCGUGUAUUUAGCUGCUCUUUAGGACGAUCACGGCAUAAUGUUGGUAUGCUACUUGUUUAUAUCCAGAAAUGUUCAAACAGUAUGCUUAGUAAAAAUUAAUAAAGCGAAAAAAAAGCGUAGAUUGGUAGAGGUUUGACAAAAAUCAGGAAAUGUGCUGUAUUAUUUGAUGGGUGCACAAAUAAGAAUGCUAAUCAAGCAACAAUCGUUGCUAAUGGACAUUCAGAAGCAAAAAGGUACUGUGUCACUAAUCAAUACAAAGUGUUAGAAACAGUAGAGGCCAAUCAGGGCUAUCAGCUAAUCAAGAGUUAACAUAUUAACAUAUGGCUGAGUUUUCAUGCUCCGAUAAUUCUGGAUAAUGUCAUUUUAAAUGAGGUUUUUGUGUGUUACUUGACUGUGGAUGGUGGUUGGACAUAGUGCAAACCCAUCUGUGCAACACUAAGCUCUCAAAGAGGGUUUUCCACCGAGGAUGCAGAUUAAAGUUAAAACUGAAUUUUUUUGAAUGCAGAGACUUGUUGUCAUGUACAAUAGCGGGAUGGAUGUUUUAAUACAUAUUUAUAAUUCCACCAUAAACAGUUAUGGGAGAUUGGGUUCUCUGGCUACAGGGAAUAUGUCUUUAAGAACAAAAAUCCUUCAGCUUUAUAGACAAAGCAUAAAAGUAAUUAUUAACAAUAUAAACUGAUUGUUGAGUUUUAUUUUUAUUUAAAUUGUCUCAAUUUUUUUGUCAUCCUU